AGCCUGAAGCAGCUACCACAGGCAGUGCCGGCCGCCGACAGCGUACCACCCGCCAGCCCGAUCAGUCGCAUCGAGUCGCCCAUCGUGGUGUUGGGGGCCGAUCUGAUCCGUGACCCGGAUGGAGGGACGACGACGCUCAGCGACAGCGGUUCCAUCACGCCACGGGCGCUCUGUGAGCAUCAUUCCGUCACCGUGGGCAACGUGACCCCCGUAGCCGGCGCCGGCGAUGGCAAGCAAGGAGCCCUCGACGAGGACUCCCGUCAGCGGCUGCUCCGCAUUCCGGACAGUCACGAUGAUAGUGAUGACGUUGAUAUUAGCACCCAAGAGGAUCAUCACCAGGAGUGUCCCAUCAUGAUGGAGACCCCGGCCGUUGAUCGGAGCGAAGCGCACGAACUGAGUGGGAGCGUGAGGUUACUCGCCGCCGCCGCCAACGGUGGCGGUGCUCGGGACCACCCGGCUCAUUCCGGCGGAAAGCUGGUGAUCAUCCGGGAAAAGUUGGCCAAACCGAAGCGCCUGAGCGAUGAGUUCUUCUCGGCGGAUGACGAUAACGAAGACGAUGACGAGGACGAGGAGGAGGACCGUGAGGAGGACGAGGAGAUCGUGCGGACGACAUCGUGCGUGCAAGCGAUCGACGAUGUGGGCGAUUGCGAUGCUCACGCCAGUUUGAACGAAAUUAAAAAUCUCAGCAUCACCGGCAGCAGCACCGCAUCUACUACCGGAAGCCAAUCCCUCGGCGGCGGCGGCGGCAGUGGUGAUCCGGCGGAGGACGACAGCGAUGAUGAUGAUGAGGACGACGGAGAAGAAGGAAGCGUGGCGGCGGACAAGCCGAACGAGGAAGACGACGAGCAGCUUCUUCUGGACGAUGUGCAAUCGAUGGACGCGAUCGAGCGGCGCGACUUUGAGCAGGAGCAGCGACUGACGGGUGGCUUUUUGCUCAGAAACAGAUCCCUGAUAUCUGCCGAUAGACUGAAUUUAGAAUUUAUAAAUACAAUCCACAACAACAACCAGCAGCAGCCUUCGAGCAACGAGCCCGCGCAGGCGUCGUCCUCGUCUCAUCAGCCACAAGGAUCGGUCGAAGGGCCGAUCGCCAAACACCAAGCUACGGAUGGCGGCGAGAUGGAGGAGGCCGCAGACGAGCUGGAAGAGGACGUGUUGCUGGAGGAGAUCGCACGCUCUUCGCCAACACCGUCGACGGCCACACAGCUUACAACAACGCCAACUAGUAGUAGAUAUCAAUACAAACACGAUCCUCACCAGCAGCAGCAGCAUCGUGCCGGCGUUACAUCGGGCAACAGUAACGGGAAGCUCGAUGGCGAUAGCUUUAGUAGUAGUUAUAGUAGAACAAAUGAGAACAAUAGUACAACAACCAAGCGCGCGGUGAACAAGCUAACGAGGAAUCUGUCCGCCAGUCUGGCCAACUGCAGCAAGGAUGGCGAUGGCUAUGGCGAUGGUGUUGACGCCGGCGGGCAGGCGGAAGAUGCCACCGAAGCACCGUCGAAUUCCCUGUCGUCGUCAUCGGUGUCCUCGCUGGCAUCCUCUUUGCACGAAUCGUUCAACGGCGCACCCGGGAAAGGACAACGGCAGCAGCAGCCUUCCGAUGCCUUCCUGAAUGCAAACUCCAACGAUAGCCUGUCGUCGGAGCAAUCCGUUUACGUGGCCCGAGACGCAGAGGCCGCGAAGACAGCGGUGGACAUUCUUUCGGCCGAAAGCGGCCUGGUGGCGGAUCUGCUGCCGCACACGGAAGAAGAGAUCACAGCGCACGAUCCGUGCUCCAGUUCGUCCGCUUCGUAUUCCUCUUCGUCGUCUCCGGCGCCCUCCCAGACGCAACCGCACAACGGUGACGUGACGAUGGAUGGGUCACACUCCUCGUCGACCUCCUCUUCGAUACUGCCCCCGACGGCUUCACUGUCCAUCACCGGGCCGGGUUGCUCCGGCUCCUCCGGCUCACCGUCGUCGGCGAGUGUCGUCGAAAAGCGCGACCCACCGGAACCGGAAGCGAAUGGUGGUUGCCUCUCAGCGGCGGCCACACAGCCCUCGACCAGCUCUGCUUUCAGUUGUCCCUUUUCGAAGGAUAUCAAAGCAACGAACAGCAAGUCGGCCACCAGUAAGAUAUCAUCUUCCGCAUCAUCAUCCUCUGGCGGCGGCAGCAGCAGGAUGGUGGUUGUGAAACAGAAAAGUGGCUCUUCUUCGAGCCAUCACCAUCAUCACCACCAACGGCAACAUCACCAUCUUCGUCGUGGCACCGCCGCGGAUGAUGCUGCAUCGGCGGCGGCCGGUGGUGCCGGUGCCGUUGCUGCGUAUCAGCAGUGCGAUGCCAGCACCAACACGUCGAACUCGCCGGAAUCGAGUGAACCGGAAAUCGAUGAGGAAGAUUGGGCCGACUGCGAGGAAGGGACGGACGAGGAAGUGUGCACGUGCCGUGACUACACCGACGAGGAUGGGUUCGCGACGAGCGAAGAUGAGCUGCCGUCGCGGGAUGUCGAUCUUUCGAGCUACACCCAGCUCGAUGCGAUCUCCGAAGAUCUGUUGCCCGAUGCGCAGACUCCGCGGCUUCACCGUAAGCGGAAGUUGACCGAAAAUCGCAACCUCUUUGGCGAUACGGCGGCGGCCAUCGGUAGUCCGUCGGCGGCGAACGCAGAGUCGCUCAACUACACCAGCCGCAAGCGUCUGGCGCUCGAUGCGGCUGCGGCCACCACGACGACGGCAAUCAGCUGCUCCGGCUCGUUGACGGUAGCGACCGUUACAACACCCAGAUCGCUGCGCAGUCCCAUGAAUAUUGCAACGACACCAACUUCAUCCGUAUCGGGAGAACGCAAGACCCCUAGAACCAUUAUACCGACCAAAGAUAAUCCUCCUCCCGAGCUGAACGAGUGGCUGCUCCAGUUCCAGCGAUGGACGCACGUGGAGCGGCUGGUGGCGGUGGACCGUCUGAUCGAGCACUGCGAACCGACCCAAGUUCGGCACAUGAUGAAGGUGAUCGAGCCACAGUUUCAGCGUGAUUUCAUCUCGCUCCUCCCGAAGGAGCUCGCCCUCCAGGUGCUGUCCUAUCUGGACCCGAAGGACCUGCUGCGUGCCGCCCAGACGUGCAGCAGCUGGCGCUUCCUGGCGGACGACAAUCUGCUGUGGAAGGAAAAGUGCAAGGCAAGUGGUAUCGUCGUGGAACCGUCAACCGAUCGGCCGAAGCGGGGCCGCACCGGCAACAUGCCGCCCAUUUCUUCGCCCUGGAAGGCGGCCUACAUGCGGCAGCACAUCAUCGAGAUGAACUGGCGAUCGCGCCCGAUCCGCACGGCGAAGGUACUGAAGGGUCACGACGAUCACGUCAUCACGUGCCUUCAAUUCUGCGGCAACCGCAUCGUGUCCGGUUCCGAUGACAAUACGCUCAAAGUUUGGUCCGCCAUUACGGGCAAGUGCCUUCGAACACUCACUGGCCAUACGGGGGGCGUGUGGUCAUCGCAGAUGGCCGGCAAUAUUAUCAUCUCGGGCAGUACCGAUCGAACGCUGCGCGUCUGGAACGCCGAAACCGGCCAGUGUAUGCACAUCCUGCACGGACACACCUCAACCGUGCGUUGUAUGCAUCUCCAUGGCAACAAAGUGGUCAGCGGGUCUCGUGACGCCACGUUGCGCGUGUGGGACGUCAAUCUGGGGACGUGUCUGCACAUGUUGGUGGGCCACUUGGCGGCGGUACGGUGCGUGCAGUACGACGGUAAGCUGAUCGUUUCCGGUGCGUACGAUUACAUGGUGAAAGUGUGGAACCCGGAGCGCCAGGAGUGUCUGCACACCCUCCAAGGACACACCAACCGAGUUUAUUCGCUGCAGUUUGAUGGGGUGCACGUGGUUUCCGGGUCGCUGGACACUUCGAUACGCGUAUGGGAUGCCGAGACGGGCUCCUGCAAGCACGCGCUGAUGGGCCACCAAAGCCUUACGUCGGGCAUGGAACUGCGGCAGAACAUUCUCGUUUCCGGCAACGCCGAUUCCACCGUCAAGGUGUGGGACAUCAUCACUGGCCAGUGCUUGCAGACUCUGUCUGGCCCCAACAAGCACCAGUCGGCCGUCACCUGUCUGCAGUUCAAUACGCGUUUCGUCAUCACCAGCUCCGACGAUGGAACCGUGAAGCUGUGGGACGUAAAGACUGGCGAUUUUAUCCGCAAUCUGGUUGCACUGGAAUCGGGCGGAACCGGUGGCGUCGUGUGGCGCAUUCGCGCAAACGAUACGAAACUGAUUUGCGCCGUCGGCUCGCGCAACGGAACGGAAGAAACCAAACUGAUGGUACUGGAUUUCGAUGUGGAAGGUGCCUGCCUGAAAUGCUCAUAGUUAGUAAGAACGAAAAACUGAUGAGACCCUGAGAGAGAGGUCAUCUAUUCCAUCCCCGAUUCCCAACUCAUGCGCCCGCCUCCCGCCGCCAAUCCUUGCUCUGCUCCGCCAUCCCGAACCCCCGAGUCCUUGCCAUUUUACAAUGAUACAAAUGCUUCUUUAACAACAGCGAGCACGAACCGAUCGCGCUUUGUCGUUCCCUUUGAAGAUUGUAACAACUCACGCACGACGCAACUCACACAAGUUAGGAUAAUGUAUUUAAAAUUAAGCAUUACGAAGAAACGCAGGAGCUAGCAGCAGCAUUGGAAGACGGAGGGUGGUAUGGUUGGCCACAGGAAGAGAGGUUCUCCCCAGGGAUCCCGGUUUAGGCUUCGUUUGUCGGAUCGAAAGCGAAGUGGUCGAAGAAGGCGAUGAUCCCGUGCUCGGUACGAAACGGUGGUCCGAAUUUGAAUGAUUCCGAAGUUUAAAAGAAUGCAGAACACAUGGCUUUCGGGCAGAAGAACUCAAAAUCCCGCCCCGCCCAGUCCCUGGAUAUACUUUGUCGCCUCUUGCGCGCUUCGCCAUGAACUUGGCGGGGUGCUGCCCCCAUUGCCAUUCCGAAGGGCCUCAUGCAAUAACGAUAGAUCUCAACGGAUUCUACCCACAGUUAGUUUUAUACACAUCCGGUACUGCCGCGUCUGUCGCACCUCCGCCCCGUUGGGGUGGUGCGCAGGGUUUUCUUUCCCAAAACUUUAGCUCAUAAUAUAGUGAAUUUUUCUUAUAGUUAAUAUUUCAUCUCUCCUCGUUGCCCUCGGCGUGGGCUCUAUUAGGUUUUUAUUACCGUUUAUAGUCCUCCGUGUGUGUGUGUUUGUAACCCUUCCCCUAUCCGUUUGUUUUGUGUCGAAAUUCACAAUCACUGUUGUUGAGUUUUACGUUGUUUUUAUUCUCUUCUCGCGCGGCGCCAGAUGUUGAUGCUCUUUUUAGCGAUUGUUUCGAUC